AUGCCGGACCUUGUACGCAAACUCUUUCUUUUCGUGAUCGUGAACAUUAUCCGCAUCAUCGAUGCGUUUAUUCUCUUUUUCACCGCACACAAGCGCCCUCUUGUACAAGGCGUGCGCGUGGAGCGAAUCAAGAUUCCCUCGCGGGACAGGUGCCGCUCUAUCGCAGCGCUCAAGUACACGCCCGAGGGCGCAACUGGAAAAUUGCCCGUUUAUUUGAGCUGGCACGCUUCAGGUUUCAUGCUCAAGCGUCUUGGUAUUGACAGGCACAUGCACUCGCUCUUUUGCAAGGAGCUGAACACGGUCGUGAUCGAUGCAGCCUAUCGGAAAAGUCCCGAGCACAAGUUUCCGGCAGCACAUCAGGAUGCUGAGGAUGUAUUGCUUUGGGUAAUUGCAAGCAUGGAUCAGUUUGACACUUCCAAAAUCGUUCUGGGUGGCUCGAGCGCCGGCGGAAACAUUGCAUUGAACAUGUCUGUACGAUUCUACCCUAGGAUCAAAGGGUGUUUUGCGCUGUAUGCAUCCACGAUGCUGGUUGUCGGCCAGAGGCGCAGGGCACCGAAUCCAAAUUACAAGAGCGGCGUCGUACUGAGCAGGCUCGGUUACAGGUUGAUCGGCGCUGCGCAUUUCUCAACCUACGAAGAGUACAAUGACCUUCGUUUCAAUGCAAUCAAUGCAGACACCCGGAUGUUUCCAGACUACAUGCUCUUUGCAUGCGGGGAUGCGGACAGCUUGUACAGUGACAGCAAGCAUCUAUUUGAAAAGGUACAGUCGGAGGGCUCCAAGACGCAGCGCGCACACACCGAAUUCCUUACAAUUCCCAACGAAGCUCACGAAUUUAACAAUAUUCCAAGGCACCCCGAUUCCUAUGUAGCACGCGACAAGCUUUACGCUGCCGCCAUCGACAUGAUUCGUGCUGCACAAGCUUCUUAG